AGAGAAAACGGAGCAAUCGAGCGGAGCGGCUGAGGCAGGCGUACCAAGGCCACCAUCACUCAACUCGUCUGGACUACCCGGGCUAACUUUAGCUACAUGUGCUGAGGUCGAGAGGGAAGCUGAUCCCAACUGCAACGAUGCCCACGGUUACUUUACCGCCGAAAGAGAACGCUCUCUUCAAGAGGAUUUUGCGAUGUUACGAGCACAAACAAUACAGAAAUGGGCUCAAAUUCUGCAAACAAAUCCUGUCAAACCCCAAGUUUGCAGAACAUGGAGAGACGUUGGCAAUGAAGGGCUUGACCCUGAACUGUCUAGGGAAGAAGGAGGAGGCCUACGAACUGGUGAGGAGAGGCUUGCGCAACGACCUUAGGAGCCACGUCUGCUGGCAUGUUUACGGCUUACUGCAGCGCUCGGACAAGAAGUACGAUGAGGCCAUCAAGUGUUACCGCAACGCUCUGAAGUGGGACAAAGACAACCUCCAGAUCCUCAGAGACCUGUCGCUGCUGCAGAUCCAGAUGAGAGAUUUGGAGGGAUACAGGGAGACACGGUACCAGCUGCUACAGCUGCGUCCAGCCCAGCGGGCAUCCUGGAUUGGCUACGCCAUCGCCUAUCACCUACUGGAAGACUAUGAAAUGGCAGCAAAGAUCAUUGAAGAGUUCAGGAAAACACAGCAGACAUCUCCCGACAAGGUGGACUAUGAGUACAGCGAGCUGCUGCUGUACCAGAAUCAGGUGCUGAGAGAAGCAGGUCUGAACAAGGAAGCCCUUGAGCAUCUAUCGAACUAUGAGAAGCAGAUCUGUGAUAAACUGGCAGUGGAGGAGACACGAGGAGAGUUGCUGCUGAAGCUGGAGCGUCUCGAUGAAGCAACAGAAGUCUACCGACGCCUGCAGGAGAGAAACCCCGAGAACUGGUCCUACUACCACGGUCUGGAGAAAGCCCUAAAACCAAGCAGUGUAGAGGAGAGACACAAGAUCUACGAAGAAGCCUGGGAGAAGUUUCCCAAAGGACUAGUUCCUCGCAGGCUGCCCCUUAACUUUCUGUCCGGUGAAAAGUUCAGAGAGUGCCUGGACAGGUAUCUGAGGAUGAACUUCAGUAAAGGCUGCCCGCCCGUCUUCACUACACUCAGAUCACUGUACAACGACAAAGAAAAGGUGGCAAUAAUAGAGGAACAUGUGGUCGGCUAUGAAACCUCCUUAAAAAGCUGCCGAAUGUUCAGCCAGAAUGAUGACGGCAAAGAAGAGCCUCCGACCACAUUGCUCUGGGUGCAGUACUUCCUUGCACAGCACUACGACAUGAUUGGCCAGCAGACGCUUGCUCUAGAAUAUAUCAAUGCCGCCAUUGAGAGCACGCCCACACUCAUCGAACUCUUCCUUAUCAAAGCCAAGAUUUACAAGCAUGCUGGGAAUAUCAGAGAGGCUGCCCAGUGGAUGGAUGAGGCUCAGGCUCUGGACACUGCCGACAGAUUCAUCAACUCCAAGUGUGCCAAGUACAUGCUGAAGGCAGGCAUGGUCAAAGAGGCAGAGGAGAUGUGCUCCAAGUUCACACGGGAGGGCGCAUCAGCGGUGGAGAACUUGAACGAGAUGCAGUGCAUGUGGUUCCAGACUGAAUGUGCGCUCGCAUACAAAGCCAUGAACAAGUUUGGAGAAGCCCUCAAGAAGUGCCACGAGAUUGAAAGGCAUUUUGUGGAGAUCACGGACGACCAGUUUGACUUCCACACCUACUGCAUGAGGAAGAUGACACUACGCUCCUACGUGGACCUCCUGAAGCUGGAGGAUGUUCUCCGGAUGCAUCCCUUCUACUACAAAGCAGCCACUACUGCGAUCCAGAUCUACCUGAGCCUCCAUGACAAUCCUCUGACUGAUGACAGCAAAGAGCUGCAGGCUGACACCGCAAAUCUCUCAGACAAAGAACUGAAGAAGCUGAGGAACAAACAACGGAGAGCCCAAAAGAAGGCCCAGCUAGAGGAGGAGAAGAAGAAUGCAGAGAAGGAAAAACAGCUGAAGAACCAAAAGAAGAAGAAAGAGGAUGAUGAUGAGGAAAUAGGAGGGCCUAAAGAGGAGCUCAUCCCCGACAAACUGGUGAAGGUAGAAAAUCCACUGGAAGAAGCCAUCAAGUUCCUGAUGCCGCUCAAACAGCUGGUCAAAGACAAAAUCGACACGCAUCUUAUGGCCUUUGAGAUCUACUUUAGGAAAGAAAAAUACUUGUUGAUGCUCCAGUCAGUGAAGAGGGCGUUGGCCAUUGACCCAGACAACCCGUGGCUGCACCAGUGUCUCGUGCGCUUCUUUAAAGGAGUCUCUGAGAGCAAGGAGCUGCCGGAGGUGGUCAGGACAGUUCUGAAGCAGGAGAUCACCCGGCUGUUUGGAGACAGCAACGCUAAGAGCUUCAACCAGGCCUACCUCAGCAAGCACUCCAACUCCAUACCACACCGACUGGCCGCUGCUAAGAUGAUGGCGUACCUGGACUCGUCAACAGAAACGAAAGCAGCGGAACUGGCCACUGACCUGGACGAGUCGCUGGACAACAGAACCGUACAGAUCUGCACCGAGGUCCUGGAGUGUCUCCGGAGCGGCGUCCUGGGCGACUGUAAGGAACGAGCGGAGACAUAUCGCACCGAGUGUCACAAGCUUUACCCCUACACACUAGCUUUCAUGCCCCCCGGCUACGAGGAGAACACCAAGAUCGCAAACGGAGACGUUUCCACAGAAACGGAGGAGCUAGCCAACGAGAUGUGAGCGCGACCGAACAACAGCGGAUGCGAUAAAGGAAUUGGGCCAAGCACAGAGCCUUGUGGUACGCCUGGCAGCCAUUUUGAAGAGCCAGACACAGGAAGCAAAAAUGGGUGUCUCGUCGUUAGGGCUCGAUUUAAAUCGGGUCUGACCUGGCAUGGCUUGGCUCUCUCCCUCAUGGGUGAAAUUCAGGACUGCGUGUGUGUGUGUUGAGUGCGUGUGUGAGCAUUUGUGGGUAACUGGGGGGAAAAAGAGGAAGAUGACAGUUUUACUUUUUUAACAGAGUCUACAACCAUGCUGAACAUGAAAUUAAAAAGGUUAAAACGGGAGAAAACUGAUGCAGUCUGCUGGUUUCCUCUCCGAUGAUCGAUCAACAGUGACGGCAGCCGCUGGAGCCGACUGUGCUGCUCUAAGUCACCUGUCACACACUGUGUUCCCUUGUUUUAAAUCUAAUUUAACUGAAAAUAGGACACAGCUGUCACAUGGGGACUGAGUGGAUCUGAUCUCUGAUCUGUAGGAAGCUGAGUGGGACGAGGUGCUGAGGACAUCCAGCGACCACAGGUGAAUCUGCUGUAAAACUCACUCCAGUAAACUACUGAUCUUCGGUGGACUGCGUGAGAAAGGCCUGAUCCCUGCAAGGACGCGGCUCGCCUCAAACGUGAACAGUUUUUGAUCAGAAUGUGCUUCCCUCACAGCUCCGGGUUCAACUUGGGAAUAUGUAAUCCUCUCUGGUCUUAUGGAGCACUUUGUAGCACAGAAUAAAAGCUGUAAAGAUUGUGUGUUGCGCUCCUUUUCCAAUACACUGCUACUCUUUAUUCAUUUUUACAUACAGUAAUUCUGUCAAAUGGGUAAACCUGAGCAAUACCAUAGUCACCUCCCUGUCCGUAAUGGAUCGGUGUAACUGUUAUUGAUGAUUAUCAUUUCUUGAUGUGAUUUAAAAAUGGUAACCUUGAGCCUGAAGGCAGAGACGUGUAUUUGUUGCUGUUGUUGGAAAUGGUUUUAUCUGCAUGUACAAAGUGCAAAUGAGCCUUUAGCACUUCCAUCAGAGGGAUCUCCUCUGAUGGAAGUGGCUCCUGUAUUGGUGAUAAAUCAGCAUCAAAACCUGUUUCUAAUGUGACGUACAUUAAACGUUACAAGGUGAGAAGAUGUAGAAACACCUGGAAAUAACAUUACAACUUGUGUUCCUCUCAUUUUCAGUGAUCUCUUCCCCUUUUUCCUCUAAUUUGGGUUCUAAUGUGAAAGGUGAAAUCUGAGAUGGUGAUGUAUGAUAUCUGGAUUUUUUUUUUUUUUUUUUUUAUUAAAAAGGAAGAAAAUGGUU